AUGGAUCACUCAAUGCAUGGCAUGAUGGAUAUGGACCAUGGACAUGAUCAUGGUGAUAUGGAUAUGGGUGAUGGACAGUGCAGUAUGAAUAUGCUAUUCACCUGGUCUACGAAGAACCUCUGCAUCGUCUUUCCCCAAUGGCGCAUUACCAGCACCUGGUCCCUUCUGGGUUCACUUAUUGUCAUCGUCCUUUUGACGGCCGGCUACGAGGGGAUUCGGCAGCUUACACGGCGGUUCGAAGCAGCUCACGCUAGGAGGCUGAGUGCAUAUACUACGGUUGCUGUUGGAGGCAGCGAGGUCCACGACGAUUCUGCCACGGCCAAUGUCCCUUCUAGCCAGACGCUGCCUGCCCCGAACACCGGCUCACCCCUAGUUGUAGGCAGGGAUAGCCGAAGGACCGUCGAGCAAAGAGGCAAGAUCACCAUGGCAGCAUUGUAUGCUGUGCAGGUAUUCUAUAGCUUUUUCAUCAUGCUGCUCUUCAUGACGUACAAUGGAUUCGUCAUGCUCGCAGUUGCCGUUGGUGCCUUUGUGGGAUAUUUGGCGUUUGGAGACAAUACCUCUGCCAGCAAAACGGUUGCUUGUCAUUAA